CUAUUAUCUUUGGGUUAUGAUGAUUUGUCCUGGGAAUACACAGAACCACAUGAUCGAGCUAUGACAUGUUUACCCUGUCUCUGGUUACAGUUUGAUAUUGAAGAGCUUGGUAACAAAGUCAGCAAACUACUUCAAGUGUUUUCCAAACAGGCUGUCAUGAUGAAUGCAAUGAUAGAGGCUUGUGUUGAUGAAUUAAACAAAGUGGAUCCAAUGAGACAAGGUGUGUGCAGUACAGAACACUUGGUCACAGAUUCUGCUGCUGAUACAGUAGAUGCACCACUUCUUGAGGUUUCUGAGCCAGUUAAAUGUGUUACAUCUCAAAUCAACAGACUUUCUUUAGCUACAUUUUCUAAUGCAGGUGAACUUGUACACAAACCAAACAGAAGACCAUUUUCAUUGACAACCCUUUUUAAGAGACAGGACAGUUCAACAUAGACUACUGUAAAUUGUUUUAAUUUCAUAAGACAAUUUUUUGCAAAUUGCGUGAGUGGAAAACAUGAAAUUUUGUAGCUGUAAAUAUUUGUAUGCCUACGCCGUUGAGUUUGAGAGACUUUCGCAAAAUUUUCUACGUCAGAGUACACAUUUACAGUCAUGCUUGCAAUUAUGUAUGCUAAAUAAGUGAG